UUUUGACAUUCUAAAUCCCCUAAAUUCAGAAUACCAUCUCUCCGUGUUUCCUUCUUCUUUCCGUUCGCGUUUGUUGCUCUUCAUCUUCUUCUUUCCAACGCCGCCGCUGUCACUUCCUCCCAACGCCUCUGAUUUCAUAUUCUGCAAUGCAAAGGCUAUAUUCACCCUCCAAAAUUUGGAGGACCAUACCCUCCUCCUAUGCCACAAACUCAUUUCUCUACAACGCACCUUCUUUUUCCACUCUUUCCAUUGGACCAGCUGCUCGUAAAUUGCAUCAAUCACAGUCUCCUUAUGAUUUCAUGAAAUGGUGUUCGUUUGGAUUCCGCAGGAUGUCAAGGUUCGCGAGUGGGUUCAACCCUUUGAGAGAGAAGCCAUUAGAUUCAAUUGUAGAUAUUCACAGACUCAAGGAUCGUUAUCCCGAUGAUAUCGCUUCUAUUUGGGAUGAUUACCACAUUGGUAGAGGUCAUAUUGGAGCGACUAUGAAGGCAAAACUUUAUCACUUGCUAGAGCAUAGAGCUAAGGAAUGCCGAUAUUUUGUGAUUCCUUUAUGGAGGGGAAGCGGUUAUACAACAAUGUUCAUUCAAGUACAAACGCCAUACAUGCUUUUUACGGGUCUUGAAGAUUACAAGGCUAGGGGAACACAAGCAUCACCCUACUUCUCCGUGUGCUUCUACACAGAAUUUGCAGAGAGCAAAGACUUGGUACUUAUCCGUGGGGAUAUUGUAUUUACCAGCAAGUUGACUGACUCAGAGGCAAAAUGGCUUAUGGAAACUGCUCAGUCUUUCUAUUUGAAUGAUGUCAGAUACAAACUAGUUGAAAGGUUCAACAAAGACACGCGUGAGUUUGAGUUCAAAGAUGUUUUACAGGCAUUGGACAUGCCUAUUUUGUAACCAACAAACCAUAUUCAAUUCAACAUAUGCUAAGCUAGGUUUAGUUUAGUUUGAGAAAAUAUUUGUUUUUAUUUUCUAUUUUCACUUUUAUUGAUGAAAUUGUCACCUUUUGUUCAAAUAUACGUUUGUGAACAUAGGAAACAAAUUGAAAAUUGUUAUGAAUAAUAUAAAUUAAUGUGUAUGCCCAUGAGCUACAAGAACCAGAAUAUUUCAACAUUUUUGGAUAUUGUAUUUAUGGAUAUUGUAUUUUUGUU